AUGUUAUUGUUUUAUUGUUUCAGAUCUGUCAGAUCGCAGACCGGUGGCCUCAUCUUCCGACGCACUCAACCAAGGUUCGAGCCAGCCACUUGGAACGUCAACACAGCCACUUUGAACGACGAGGCCAGGACCAACAACGUGUGUGAAGCCUGGAACAAUGGGUUCCGGUGUCUCGUCGGCCACGUCAAUCCCUCGCUUUGGACUGUCAUCUCCUGCUUCGAGAAGGACGCUGCAAUGGUGGAAGCAGAGAUCCUCCGUGUCCAGAGAGGCCAGCCAUCAAAGAAGCCAGCGAGGAAGGGAACAGUACGAUACCAGAAGACGUUGAAGACCCUGUGCCAGCAGUUAUCCAAUGGACAGAAGACGGUUGAAGAGUUUCUGCAGGCCAUUGGGGGUCACAUCCGACUGCGUUAGGACUGAACAUCUGUAAUGUACCUGUAAUAUGAUAUGAUGAAUGUGCUAAAAUGAAUGUGCUAUUUUGAUCUUGAUUAGUGAAUUACUUAUCAUACCAUUCAGAGAACAGAAACGUAUUUUUUGCUGUAUAUACUUGUAUAUAUGAGUGCUAUAAAUGUGCUAUAUGACUUCUGAUUUGAAAUAAAAAUAUUAUAAAAGGAUUUACAUUGUUGUCUUACCUAAGCCUACAUCGUCACAUGUGUGACCUGAACGGUGUAAUCUGUAUUUAUAUGUAAUUAGUGACAAACAUACAAACUGGUGUAAAUCGGUUGGCAGUUUGCACGUAAAUUGAACAAAUAGUUAAAGAAAAAAAUGUUCAUUUUUUUUAUAUAUUAAUAUAUUUUUAAUAUCUUGGUAUAAACUUAUA